CUCUAGUUUUCAUAAUAAUACCACUGCUGCCACUUUCAUUUUGUUAUUUGGUUGAAGUCAAACUAUAGUUGCUGACCGGGUAUGUUAUAUUUCGGGUUUACCCGGAACCCGGGGAUGGGCGGGUGGCGGUGCAUUUUUCCUCCCCGACGGUCGGCAGUGCGGUUGGUAUUGUCAACCCGUGGAGGACUAACGGGCGGGGUACCCUGUGGGGAAACCACCCCCGAUCCGCCCCGUUGCCAACCAUAACUAAGGGAAUCUGGAGAGGCAUCCCCAUAUGAGGUUUCCCCUGGUCAAGAGGUGGAUUAUGCCCCAGGUUCAGGUUGUUCAUCCUGUUAAGCUCGUCUCUCAUAUUAUCUUCCUACGCGGAGUCGCUGCUGAUCCGGCCGUUGACUUGCUCUUCCUCCGUAACCAGUCUAUUCUUCGAGGCUCUCCGGAUGUGGCGAAGAGUGCGCUCAAGCUUGUUGUCAAGGGAAACAAGUUCUUUGCCGGACUGGCUACGGGUCAUGUACUACCUGCACACAAGCUACAAGAAAACCCGUGAAGGCAAAAGGGGGAAAGAAAUAAAAGAAAACAAUACGGAAAAGAAAUGCUAAAGUAACAAAAAUCACAUUUCUUCAACAACCUAGCUGUCCCCGCAACGACGCUAAAAACUUGACUCGCCAAUACCGUCACACUAGAAAGUGGCCAAGUGUAACCACAAACUAAUGCAUAGUAUAGCGGGUUUAGUUUUACUUGUCAACCCGGGUCCUAGAUGUGAUGACUACUUCGUGAAGUUCUCGUUAUCUAGCAGUUUGAAUGUAGUGAAGUUAUAGCUAAUCUAAGAAAACACAAAGCAGUAAGGUUGUGAUUCAAGUUAAGAAGGCUCACUCAGGUAUGAGUCACCCUAGAUCGCAGUUAGGCUAAGUUGUACUUCACCUAAACCAAGUUGAUUGAUGUUUAAAUCGCGGAAAGUUCUCAAAUAGUCUGGAGUCUCGGCUAAAGUGCUCCAGACCCUCUUAGUUUGAAUACCCGGCAGGCGACUAACCUCCACCGGCGUAAGCUAACCGAAACAAUAAGAUCAAACUUCCUCUACUGGGUUCUAAACCAAUAUAGAGUAGUGAAUCGACUUCCCAACUAAAGUCGCCAAUUCACUACCUCCAAUUCGAAAUGCUCUAUUGACUUAUGUAGAUAUUAUCUUUCUAGGUCAAAGCAGAAAUCACUAGAAUUUGAUCAAGACUCAAGCAAUUCUUAAUAAGUACUUCAACUGGAUAUAAAUCAAUCAAUCAUUCAUGGCAAAGGGUUCAUACAACUCAUCCUAACAUACAAUCUAUGGUUGUUACACACCAAAGAGAUAGAGGGGAUUACUCCAUAGAGAGAGAGUGGAAAGCUAUGUCGGAUGUGGAAAUCAUAGUGUAGAUGGAAGAAAUCUGUACCGGGUCGUCACUUGAUCUAGGGCACUCAAGGAUCUCUCUUCGUCACUUUCUCUCUCUAAACCUCUAUUUUUAGCUCCAAAGUUUGAAUCCAUGUCAAAACCCGCGUUUGGCACUAAACAACCCGAAUCGAACCCUCGGCCUGAUUACCCAGUCGAGUAAUUUUAUGACAGGCCGCAUUUCUUCUAAAAUGGCGCGCAACAGGUAAGAGGUGAAGCCGAAUUCCCUGGUCGAGGAUUAAGGGGUCACGACGGGGGGAAAACCCUGGGCGCCUUCCCUGGUCUCCUAUUGCGAUUCUCCGAUCAAGUAUUUGAUGGUACGAUUGGGGAAUUCAGUCCUUGAGCUCCUUCUUUUGUCCACUUGGUGCUUUUGACUUGAAACUCGCCUCCAAGCAUGCACAUCCGAUCCAAGACCUGAAAUAUGCCAUAAAAGAAUAACCUAGAGUGAAAUCGACUUAAAACACGAGAAUCGAACCUCAAACAGUGUAAGAAUGGUGGGCAACAACAUGUGCAAAUAUCGAGUUAUCAAUGAUGAUUUUGUAGUUCUAGUGUUUGAAGUCUUUGUAGUUGGUAUUCACUAAUUAGAUGAAGAUGUUUGAUUAUUUUUAAUUUUAUCUGCGGAAUUUGGAUUAUGAAUUCAUGAUGGAUAUGUAAUGAUGUUAUUUCUUAUCAUUAGUAUUUUGUGUUCAUAAUGUAGAAGUAUGGUUAAAUUGUUUUACAAGUUGUUAUGAUUAAAUAACACUUGUUAAAUGAC